AGCAGCCAGCAUGGCCACAGCUGCCUCUAGCCCCUACACCCUGCUCAGUUCCAGUCCCAUGAUCCACCCGGAGAGCCAGGCCAUGCAGCCUGCUAGCCCCUACAGAGGACAUCAGAAACUGCUCCAGAGUGACUACCUGCAAAGUGUCCAGAACGGGCACUCCCUCGGGCACCAGUGGGCAAGCAACCUGUCGGAGGGGAGCCCCUGGUCGGCCUCCAUGGAGCAGCAGGACGUGAAACCGGGCCGAGAAGACCUCCAGCUCGGCAUCAUCCAUCACCGCUCUCCGCACGUAGCGCAUCACUCUCCUCAUCACAACAACCAUGGCAACCACCCGGGAGCCUGGGGGACUCCGGUGUCCCACAACUCCUCGAUCACCAGCGGGCAGCAGAUCAACAUCUACUCCCAGACGGGCUUCACUGUCAACGGCAUGCUGGACCACGGGGGACUCACACCUCCACCCAACCCGCAGGGCCAAGGCAUGCACCCGGGCCUCAGGGACACACUUAGCCCCGAGCACAGCGACCUCGGCGGACACCACUGCCACGACCACUCCGACGAGGAGACGCCGACUUCGGACGAGCUGGAGCACUUUGCCAAGCAGUUCAAACAGAGGAGAAUCAAACUGGGCUUUACGCAGGCGGACGUGGGUUUGGCUCUGGGCACGCUGUACGGUAACGUCUUUUCCCAAACUACUAUCUGCAGGUUCGAGGCUUUGCAGCUGAGCUUUAAAAACAUGUGCAAACUAAAGCCGCUGCUGAACAAGUGGCUGGAGGAGGCGGACUCGUCCACGGGCAGCUCCAGCAGUAUAGACAAGAUAGCAGCUCAGGGGAGAAAGAGGAAGAAGAGGACGUCCAUCGAAGUGAGCGUGAAGGGAGUUCUCGAGACGCACUUUCUCAAGUGUCCCAAGCCUUCCGCGCAGGAGAUCACGUCGCUGGCGGACUCGCUUCAGUUGGAGAAGGAGGUGGUGCGCGUGUGGUUCUGCAACCGGAGGCAGAAGGAGAAGCGCAUGACACCGCCCGGAGAGCAGCCGCCCCACGAGGGACCCUAUUCUCACAGCGGGAGCGCGGGAGACGCCUCCUCGUGCCAUGAUCUCUGACCGAAGCACCUGGAGGAAUCCCCCCCACGCCCCCCACCCCCUCCGACACACACCUCCACCUCCACCCGGUGCAGACUCUCGAGCGCACGGACGCGCGGUGGCACCUUGUAGCCCUCCGCACCUGUCCCGGUACAGACUCGCCCGGAUGCCUCCAGCACUGAAACAAUAACAGAGAUACCUGUUCAGCCUUCGUCAUUGUUUUUCCUGCCACGAGGGCAUUAUCCUAUAGCGGCAUAUCAAACAUCACAUUCCAGAUCACCUUUCUUUUUCUAUUUUCUUUUU